GACGGGAGGAAAGGCUCCGCUCCGCCGAGGGGGGAGAGGAGGAGCCGGAGGCCGAGAGUGGGACCGAGCGCGGGCGGGCGGCGGCGCCGGAGCUGCCAGCGGGUGAGUCGCGGUCACGUUAGCGAGCCCACGGGCCGGGGGCGCGCGCCCGUCCUCGCCGGCCGGCGCCAGCGUCCCGGGCCGGGGUCUCCCCUCCCAGCCUGGGCUGGACGGGGGCGCCGAGGCGGUGGCCGGGCCUGUCGGAGGAAGAGGGUGGGGCGGAGGCUGAAGACAACCAAUAGGAGAGGAGGAAGCCACAAUUGGCGGCCACGGGCGCCAAUGGGAGGUCGCCCUCACCGUGCGGAGCGCCGCCCCCUCUCUUCUCCCGCCUCCUUCCUUUGGGGGAAGGCGGGGCCAGAGGGCUGAAGUGUGGGGAGAACUUGGGCUCUGCUCUGCUUUAUGAAAUAUGGGAGACGACAGACCGUUUGUGUGCAAUGCCCCGGGCUGUGGACAGAGAUUUACAAAUGAGGACCACCUGGCAGUUCAUAAACACAAGCAUGAGAUGACCCUGAAAUUUGGCCCAGCUCGAACGGACUCGGUCAUCAUUGCAGAUCAAACGCCUACUCCAACUAGAUUCCUGAAGAACUGUGAAGAGGUGGGGCUCUUCAAUGAAUUAGCUAGCUCCUUUGAACAUGAAUUUAAGAAAGCUUCAGAUGAAGAUGAAAAGAAGGGUGCUGCUGGACCUCUUGACAUGUCUCUGCCAUCUACACCAGACGUCAGAGUCAAGGAGGAAGAGCCAGUGCAGGUGGACUCGUCGCCCCCUGCAAGUCCUGCCUCUAGCUCCUGCUCCCCACCUCUGAAGGAGAAGGAAGCUGCUGCAAAACCUGUUGUGAUCUCCACCCCUACACCCACCAUUGUCCGUCCUGGCUCCCUGCCCCUCCACUUAGGUUAUGAUCCGAUCCAUCCAACUCUUCCUUCCCCAACCUCUGUCAUCACUCAGGCCCCACCAUCCAACAGGCAGAUGGGGUCUCCUACUGGCUCCCUCCCUCUCGUCAUGCAUCUUGCUAACGGACAGACCAUGCCCGUGCUGCCAGGGCCUCCAGUACAGAUGCCUUCUGUCAUCUCGCUGGCCAGACCUGUGUCCAUGGUGCCCAACAUUCCUGGUAUACCGGGCCCCCCAGGUAACGGCAGUGGCUGCAUUUCUCCCUCUGGCCACCCCCUGCCGUCAGAAGCCAAGAUGAGACUGAAAGCCACUCUGACGCACCAAGUGUCUUCAAUCAAUGGAGGUUGUGGAAUGGUGGUGGGCACUGCCAGCACCAUGGUGACGGCCCGUCCAGAGCAGAACCAGAUCCUCAUCCAGCACCCUGAUGCCCCUUCCCCUGCCCAGCCACAGGUCUCUCCAGCCCAGCCCACCCCUAGCACUGGGGGACGGCGACGGCGCACAGUGGAUGAAGAUCCAGAUGAGCGUCGGCAACGGUUUUUAGAGCGAAACCGAGCUGCAGCCUCCCGGUGCCGCCAAAAGCGGAAGCUGUGGGUGUCCUCCCUGGAAAAGAAGGCAGAAGAGCUUACUUCUCAGAACAUUCAGCUGAGUAAUGAAGUCACAUUACUCCGCAAUGAGGUGGCUCAGUUGAAACAGCUACUGUUAGCUCAUAAGGACUGCCCAGUCACUGCACUACAGAAGAAGACUCAAGGCUACCUAGAAAGUCCCAAGGAAAGCUCAGAGCCCACCGGUUCUCCGGCCCCAGUGAUUCAGCACAGUUCGGCAACUGCCCCUAGCAAUGGCCUCAGUGUCCGAUCUGCAGCUGAAGCUGUGGCCACCUCGGUCCUCACUCAGAUGGCCAGCCAAAGGACAGAACUGAGCAUGCCCAUACAGUCACAUGUGAUCAUGACCCCACAGUCACAGUCUGCGGGCAGAUGAUGCCUCCCGUGACAGAGAGGUCCCCAGCCAGAGCUCGCCCGCCUGAGCCACGAGAGCCUCCCGUCUGCCUUGCAACUGGCAUGUGGGGGAGGAGGAGAUUGUGUGUUGUGAGUACGGACAGACGUGGGGCUUUUCUCCUUAGCCAGGUGAUCGUGUACGCUUGACACCUGUACUAGGGGCUCUGGCCCCAAAGCCAUCUAGAUCAUCCUGCAGGGUGGGGUUUUAUAUACCUACAGCCAAAGGCCUUUCCACAUGGUCCGAUCAAUCGUCCCUAGCCCUGAUGCAUGUGUGCCUGUCUCUUAACACUAAGCCUUGCACUUGUAGGUUUGGGGUUGCUCAGUGUCCUCUCCUCCCAUUGAGCUGUGGCUGUUACCUUCUUAUUUCUUGCUAGCAUGCCACUUCCUGCCAGAUAGAGGGAGACUAGAUUUGAUGGCGCGUUACUUGCUGUCCCGUCCCCAGCCACCCCAUGCACUCAGGACUUUGUCUUCCCACAGCGGCUUAUUUAUCUCUUUCCCUCUUCCUAACCAGCAAUGAAAACAUUCACUUACUGAGAAUGUAAUGCAUUUGCUGUAUGAAGUAGCAGUAUUUCCCACCCCAUCCGUGUGCUUUAUUCCUUACUCCUAUCUGCUACCAAAACAAACACAAACAAAAAAAAGCAAAACUCUGAGAGUUUGAAUCAUUUUUCAUUUCCAAAUCUAUUGGGUACCUCAUUUUGUCUCUUGACUUUCCUAAGUCUAGUGGUGGGGCCUUUCCUACCUCCCCACUAGGCCCUGGGAACCUCAUCUGUGGCCUUAUUGUUAGUGGCAGUGAAAGCGGAGAGAGCCCAGGAUCUAGCUGGGCUCCCUCUCUCCUUCCCUCCCCUCCAGUUUGCGCACCAGGGCAGACAGGGACGGUGAGUUUAAAACUCGUCCCACCAGGUGACUGGGUUAACGGAGCCUUUAUGUUUUACAAGAGUUCACUGGCCAGUCUAGAGACUGUCGUCCUUGGCCAUCUCUGUGCUUCUGCCUCCCCUGUUCCACAUCACUGCCUUUUCCUAAGUAACUUCUUCAGCUCAGCCCUCCUAUGGUUGUCAAACUGGAGCUGUUUCAUUCUGUUUGUCCUGCAGCUCCCAGCCUCCCUUCUUGUCUGAGGUGUACAUCUGGUACCCACUGGUGUCCCUCACCCUACUCCCUCCUCUCUUUCUCACCAGGUUCCUAGCUUAGCCACUAGGUGUCUCUAGUCCUGAAAUUUCUUUGAACUUGUUUUAAUUCUCAGCCCCGCAAACAUAGUGCUUGUCCAGGGCUCUGAAGCAUCGCGGUCGAGGUCAUACGUGACUUUUGAGUAUAAGACAGUGGAGAGAGGAGAGGAAAGCGUAUAAUCUCCACAGAGUACUCAGGAUAUGGCCUGUCUGUGAGAUUGCCGACUGUGGCUCAUGGCUGCUCUUAUUUGAUGGGUUACAGGGAGAGAAACACAUACACCCCUUCCUCCUCUUUCCUUGGCUCUGAGGUAUGUAGGCUCGUCCAGAGCUAGAGGCCUGUGGAUAGAUAGGUCAGCUUUAAUAGCUCUUGAAUAGAGAAUCUUCCCUGUUGUCCCAGAGCCACCUUCCUACCAUCUGCUCUAGUCAAGAGUCCCCUUCUCUGUCUCCAUCUUAAGUGUACAGAAUAACUGCUUUCUUUUUUAUUUUGUCUUCUGAAAUUCACUGUCAUAGAGGAAUGAGCAGAUGUCGUACCUUAUAUGACUGACUGCUCAGUGUGUAGACGAGUGAGGCCAUCCAGCAGCAUCCUCUGCCCCGUUUUCUGUAAACUUCCUCCUGCUCUGUAGAGUCAGUGCUGAGUAAGCCAUACCCAGCAAGAGCCAGGAGAUGGUUCUGUGGUCCACCACACGGGGGCUCGGCGGGAGCAGCCCCCGACAUGACAAGACUGGCAAAUGUCACAGCAGAUGGUCAGGGGCAGGUUACCAUCUCCAGGGUUUCUCUUGGCUUCAGAAAUGCACAGCCAUAGUUUGAGCCACAGACUUAGAUGGCUGCUUUCUGGGAUUUUUUUUUCUAGUUCAUAAAUUUUGUUCUUCCCCCUCGUCCCCUUCCUCUUUUUGUAAUUGUCUUGACUUCCCACUAGUACUAAAGCAUGAGUUUAUGGCUCCUGAGGAGCCUUCAUAGACCCUUGGCUAUUUUUCUUCCCCACCAGUCAAGUGUUUUGAGUCACUUCCUAUGUACUCUACCAUUCUGUUCUGUGUCGCAUGUCUAGUAUAUGUGGAAGGUCUUUUUCACUUUUUUUACCCUCAUGUCUGCUUCUCUUGAGUCUUUGUUUCCACAGCAGGAAGUUAGGCUUGGGGGCCUGAGUGCUGCAGGCCCCACCAGAAGCACAGCAGAGAGCAGCACUGAGAUGAGGAAGGGGCAGGACAACCGCAGAUGCCCCAGGAGUGGGUUCUCAGUUUCCCUGUAAGAGAGCAGAGCAGCCGCCACGCCGAAGCUUCUCUGUGGUCAGGGCUGGCACGUGUCAGCAAACCCUUCUUGGAGGGGUCUCUGGUCAUGACUAUUUGGGGUUCUAAAUGCUUCUUGUAUUUGGAUAUCAAUUUCUGUCUCUAGAUUUGAGAAAUUUUGUGGUAUAAUUUCAUUAAACAAUUUGACUAAUUCCUUUUGAAUUUAUCUCAGGUCCUUCUUCUGCCCCAUGGGUUCUGAAGUUUGUCUGGUCUUUUGAGUAUAUCCCAAAUGUCUUUGAAAUACUGGUCAUAUUCUUUAAUAUACAUACAUACAUGUAUGUAUAUGUAUGUAUGUAUAUUACUGUCCUGACUUCGUCCUCCAUCCCAAAACUGCAUGAUUCUAUCUCUUGGGGAUGCUUCCUGGUGAGGUUUUUCACUAGAUUGUUUCUUUCAUGUUCAUUUCUGUUUGGUUCCUUUUCCAUGUUUGAAUGCCCUCACUAGAAGUUCCCUGCAGAUUUCUGGCUUUUUCCUCCAACUUACCCACUGUUUUGUUCGCUUUUGAGGCUCCUUAGUUCACUUGUGCAUUUGAGACUUCUGUACGAUCAUUAUCCUUUUUUUAAAAUGAGGCUGAAUUCUUUCCCAGACCUCACAGUACUUUUGGUUUCCAUGAAGGAGAGGUUUGCGUGUGUCCUGGUGGGUUGUUUUCUCACACUCUUUUGUGUUUCUCUGUGGUGUUUUAUGCGUCUGUUGGGACGGAUGUGCCCUCCAGUUUUAACUCUUUUCCCAGCUGUUCUGUUUUCCACGGUUCACUGAGCCCUUCUUCAGAGCUGAGAGUGUGAUGUUUUAGGGCAUUCUGAGCGGGUGAGGCCUGGUCUGUGCCCUUGCCACCCACUCCUUAUGACACAGUGCUCAGAGCCACAGACUCAGAAGCCUCCCACACCCAGGGAGAACUGGAAAGGACACGCAGCUCCUCUGCUCCUUUCCUGUUGGUUGAACCCCGAAUCUGCCUGCCUCCUUUCUCCAGGCCUGCCCACGGCUGUGAACCCCAGAGCACACGCUAAGGGGAGCUGUGCUGGUGAGCCUUCCCUCUCCGGGUCUGUGGCUCUUGGCCCCUUUCUUGACCUAGCCUCUCCGGCCUCCCAGGGACCUGCCCUCCAGCACCUGAGAGAGGGGGUGCUUCACUGUAACCUGCAGCCCAACACCAAAAGACGCAAAACCUCUUCCUCUGGCUUCCGAGAGGGCCUGUAAAGGUGCUAAGCCCCGGAAAUUGCUCUCCCCAGUUUGUCCGUUCCAUACUGUCUUCCCAUUCUCAGAUCACAUUUCCAUGAAUAUUGUCUAGUGUAGCCACAGAAGUGCACAUUUCUCUAAAACAAUCAUAGUCACACCUGUCCUCUGGCUGUGUCGCACAUGCCCUUCUUUGCUCCUGUGCUGUUUUCUCUAGACGAGUCUGCCAGGGUGGGAGGUGUGGUGGAAGGGCAGUAAGGGUCCUCAGUCCUUCUAGACCUACCUUCUACAGUCCCACUACACCUUCUUCUUGCAAACUCGGUUCUGCCUGUGCAUGCGCGUGUGCGUGCCCACAUCCCCCUCCUCAGCCAGUGCUGACCCUCAGGGCUGAGCACGGCACUUGUUGGCCCACAUUCCCACCUUCUGCACUGUCACUUUGAGGUAAAUCCUACCGCAGGAUGAGCAGAGGCUGGUGGGGGAGGGCAGGGUAAGGCAGCUUAUCUCUGGUUGAUGCACGUUUCUAGCUCAGCUACUGGCUGUUUUGUCUCCUAAUCUGGAGCCGGCAGGCUCUAACCCGGGCGCUGGGGAGUGAAAUGCUGGCCCUCAAGUGGCUGUGAGCACUAGUCCAUUGACUUUACCUUGGAGCAGUGGUUCUUAGCACAUGUCCCCAGAGCAGCAUCAGCAGCGCCACCACCUGGAGAUUGCUCGAAAUGCACACGCUUGGCCAUCCCAGCCUCCUGGGUUGGACACUCUGAGGGUGAGCUUUAACAAGCAGGCUGUGCUGCUGGCACACUCACGCAGGACAGUCCCUGGGGGACUGGCUGGGAGCAUCCUAGCUCUGAGAUGACAAGGAUUACUUAGAAUUCGCUUUUUUUUAUUUGCCCCAGUUCUUCCCCAACUUCCACUAAAACAGUCACUACCACGUCACUCAUCUCAAAUUCCAGGUUCAUCUUCUAAGUCUCAGCUCUGAAACUUUUUCCUGCAUUGGUCUGGGCAGGACUUAACCAUAUUUCCGUGCAGGCCACUGGGUCUGCAUUCUUGGUGACAUUAAGAACCAGCAAGAAGGCCAGGAGUGGUGUCGCACCCCUGUGAUCCCAGCACUGGGAGGCAGAGGCAGGCGGUUCUUCUUGCAUCCGAGACCAGCCUGUUGUACAUAGGGAGCUGGAAGCCAGUCAGAGCUAUGCAGUGACAACAGAGUCGGCAGGAACCCAGUUGUCUGGUUCCUCCCUGUGCACACAUACAUCUCUUGCAGGCAGGGAGAUCAGCCUCCACUCCCACAGUGGAGCUGGCCAUGUCCUGAUAGAGUAUCUGUUGAGAAGAAAGCCAUGUGUAUCUAUGAAUAUAUCUCUGUUUGCCUAUAGAUUUUUGACAUGUAGCAAUACCUCUCCAUCCUCAAGGAGCUCAACGCAGUCUGGGGCCCCCAGGCUCCAGUGGUAGACCCUGGCAGGUGGGAGGACACAGUGAUAUAGGCUGUUUUGUUACAAAACUGUCUUCUCUCCUUUCCCUCCCCCCAAUUCAGCAUGACCCCUGUGAGCAGGCUCUCACAAUCUCCUGGGGCGGGGCCGAGGCAGGGGCUUUUAGCUCUUCUCCCCUAACCGUCCCUUCUUCCUUCCCCCGUGCUAUUUAGCAGUUAUGGCCCAGCCUUGCCUUCUCCCUCCGUCCUUUGCCCUGACAUAUACUGUGCCUUAUUUAUGCUGCAAAUAUGACAUUAAACUAUCAAGAGGA